AUGGCUGCCUCCGACGAAAUCCGGGUCGGGGACCAGGUAAACGUCCCCGGAGGCAUGUAUGGUACAGUUCGAUUUUUGGGAGUCGUGGAUGGGAAACCAGGUCGUUUUGCAGGAAUAGAACUGGCCACCGAACACGCGGCCAGGGGAAAGAACAAUGGAGAUGUCGAUGGACGAAGCUAUUUCAACACGACCGUUCCCGGUGCUGGCAUCUUCGUGCCCAUUAAUAACUCGAAAUAUGUCACGAAGAGAAACGUCGUCACGCCGCCAACUCCGUCUCGUCCGUCUGUGGUGACAAAUUUCAGCAAAUCCGUCGGCCCACCGUCGGUGGCUCGCCCCAAAGUGCGUCGUCCAUCUCUACCUCGUCCUGAGUCUCCACGAAGUGCACCAUCGACCAAAUUAACCUUUGGCGCCCUACGAAGUCCAUCUGCUACUGUUCCCAAACCAAUGUCAGCCGGUUCGCUAGGUCCGAACGGCUUUCCACGUAGCCCUCAAAAACCCUCUUCCAGAUUGUCGAAUCGACCUUCUUCCAGACUCAGUGUGGACGACGACGAAAUCCCGACACUGUCAAGGCCUUCAAUUGGGAGACCGAGCAGCAGUGGUCGUGGCGCUGGUAGCCAAGAGAUACAAGCACUGCAAGAGAAGAUCAAGUCACUGGAAGAAGAGCUUCAAGCUCGUGAUAGACAGCUGGACGAUCAAGCCUCGGUUCUAACGGAGUUACAGCAGAGCAUCACAGAACUUGAGGGACAAGACGGAGCUUCAAUUCGGGCCCAGCUACGAGAAAAGAACGAGAAGAUCGCGCAGCUUACGGCGGAGUUUGACAGCCACCGCGCUGAUUUCCGAAGUACCUUGGAUACCCUCGAAGUUGCAGCUACAGAAACAGAAAGGGUUUACGAAAAGCGCUUAGACGAGCUCAUGCAGCAGAAUCGGGAACUACAAGAUCGUGGUGAGGAUGUAGAGGCGGUUGCCUUACAAUUGAAACAAUUGGAGGAGCUGGUUUCCGAAUUAGAGGAAGGAUUGGAAGAUGCACGACGGGGUGAAGCAGAAGCGCGUGGCGAAGUUGAAUUCUUACGUGGUGAGGUGGAACGAGCACAAUUGGAAUUGAAACAGGAACGAGAAAAGUCCGCCGCUGCAUUGAAGGAUGCUGAAGGGCGAUGGAACGGUCGUGAAUUGGAACAAAAAGACGAUGAAAUCCGAGGCCUAAAAGCCAUCAUCCACUCACUCAGCCGCGGCGAAGUGAAUCCAGCCAUGUUCAAUACAAAUGGAACGUCUCAUGGCGACUCGAGGUCCCAUGAUACUGAACGUAUUUCUCAACUGGAAGAACGAAUCAAGGAACUUGAAGGUGUCGCAGAGAUUCGUUCGUCCCGUAUAGACGAACUACAGAGAGAGCUUGGCCAGAAUCGUAGCCCUCUUGGACGCGAUUCUCCAGGACGAAACUCGCCAGCACGCAACUCUAUAGGAUGGAACUCUCUAGGACGAAACUCGAUGAACGGAUCAAGGAGUCGAAGCGGCACUGUGACUAUUGCUCCGUUAAGACAGAUGAAAUCAUCUCAUUCUGCUAGAGGAAGCCGUAGCAGCAAUCCUGUCAGUCACGGUCAUAGUUUGUCAGAUAAGACCGUGGUGCCUAACGAUUGGCAAGAAACAAGGGGCAGUGGUGAGCCGGGACCUCUGCCGAUCAGCUCAUACCGAGAUUUCUCUAACCAUCGAGACGACAAUGAUGAUUUGCGUGAUUCUGAUAAUCAGUCCUCCGAAGGCGGCUCGCUAUGGUGUGAAAUAUGUGAGACCAACGGCCACGACAUCCUCACCUGUACGACCUUUGGCACAAACACAAGUGGCACUGAUUCUAUGAACCAGCAAUAUGAACACAAUGACAAUGAGUUCAAAAAGCCGCAUCGCGACGUGAUUGCUUCGGCUCCGGCAGAAAUCCCAAAGAAAAUGGAAUCGCCAGUGAUUGGUCACCAACCCGAAGUGAAACCAGAACCUAUGGAGGCUAUCUCUCCUUCACUGAGGACAGGUCGUGACACAAGUCUUCCAGGCUUGAAUGGCAUGGGAGGCAUGUUGUCUUCCAUGGGACCCGUAGCGGGCAAAGCUUCGGGAGUUAUUGACGAAAGCAAAUGGUGUGCGUUGUGCGAGCGAGAUGGCCACGAGAGCAUUGAUUGUCCUUUUGAGGAUUAA